AAAGCAGCGAUCGUUGACUCGGGCGGUCACUAGGAGGCUCUCCACCUUCCACAACACCUCUCACCCGAGACCUGCGCUGCCGUCUUUUGUUCUGCCUUCUUACUGAAGGAAAAGAGGCACAACCGCAACCACCGUUCAGGACGAGAGACAUUCGCUACAAAGAUGGACGAGCAUCUGGCGCAAUUGCUCGCCAAUACCCAAGACAAAAACGAGGGUCCCCGCAAGCAGGCCGAGCUCGACCUUCUGCAUGCCCAACGGAACCCCGAGUUUCCCCUGUCGCUGGCCCGCAUUGGCGUACACACGGGCGCCCCCGUUCAGAUCCGCCAGUCCGCCUUGACGUACCUGCGGAAGUUCAUCGAGAAGAACUGGGCCCCCGACGAUGCUGGCAGUGGCCCCCAGAUUCCAAUCGAAGACUCGACCAAGGACUACCUGCGAAACGUCAUCUUGGAACUGGUCUUGAACCCCGAGGACGAGCGCAAGGUCAAGGUCGCGGCUAGCUAUGUGGUCUCCAAGAUUGCUACGGCCGACUUCCCACACCGGUGGCCUAACCUCCUUCCCUCCGUCCUCGGCGUUAUGCCUAAUGGAACCGAUGCGCAACUUCACGGCGCUCUGAGGAUUCUGCAAGAUCUAGUAGAAGAGAGCUUGACCGAUGAGCAAUUCUUCGGCGUCGCCAGGGAUAUCGUCAAGGCUUGCUACGACGUGGCACUAAACGAGAACCGCAAGCAAAACCACCGUAGCCUGGCCGUGCUGGUCUUCCGGAGUUGCUUCGACCUCAUGGAUAUUGUCAAGGAGGACCACAAGAAGGAGGUCAAAAGUUUUGCCGAGCAGGUUCUCAGCGGCUGGCUACCGUUCCUGGAACAGGUGAUCAAGACGCCGCUCCCACCAGUCUUGGAGAACUCGGGCUCGCAGCCCGAAAACUGGUACGGGCCGAUCGCGCUCAAGGAUCAGGCAGUGAAGACGCUGAUCAAGAUCCGGACCGUCUUUCCAUCUCUUCUCCUCCCCCAGAGCCUCGCCCUGUUCACUGCCACGUGGGAGGAACUUUCGAGACUGGUGCCAUCACAUCAGGCCCUGUUCAUCGAUUCUGAUGCUCAGAGCCGCUUGGAGGACAUCGACGGCCUCCCCUUCACGCUCGACUUCCUGGUCCUGGACGAGUUAGACUUCCUCAACCAAUGUAUCCGUGCCCCGCCCGUGCAGAAGCAACUCGAGGCCGAGAUCAAGUCACGCGGCGCUGUCCACGACACCCCGUGGGUGUUGGAUCUCAUGAAUCUGCUGGUUUCCUACUCUCAGGUGACGCAGGAAGAAGAAGGGUUGUGGGAUAUCGAUGUGUCCCUCUAUCUCGCCGACGAAACGUCCGUGUCGUCCAACUACACUGCCAGGACUGCCUGUGGCGAUCUCGUCAUCAAACUCGGAGAAUGGCUCAACAAGGCGGCACUCGAGGGUCUUUUUGCAUACACCAAGACCCUCUUCUCGGGCGAGGGCGCGACCUGGCAGAAGCAAGAAGCGUCUCUGUACCUGUUCAAUUCCAUCUUGAACGACUUCCAGGACUGCGACAAGACCGUGCCCCCCGAGAUCGCGAACGCCUACCUCGAACUCGUCACCUACGCGAUCAGCAGGCAAGACGAGCCGAUGCUGCGGGCUCGCGGGUACCUCGUCGCUGGCGCAUUGGCACAGGUCUACCAGCCAGCCCUCGGCCUACUCGAUAAAGCCAUCGAAGCCAUCACCAGGGAUGAGUCUGAGCUUGUACAAGUCGCCAGCAUCAAGGCUGUCGAAGGCUUCAUCAGGGGUGGCGCUCCGGCAGACCGCCAGGUUCCUAUCGUUCUGGCCAUCCAGGGCUUCCUGGAAGCCAAGGACCUCAGCGAUCUGGAGGACGCCGAUGACCUCUUAGUCACUCUUCUGGAGACCCUUCGCACCACCAUCAGCAUGGAUACCAGGAUUGCCAUCCAGCCGGACAGCAAGGCGGUCGACCUGCUCUUCCUCAUCGCCAAACACGGCGCAGCCAAUUUCCAUGUCACUCUUAUUGUCUGCGAAACCUUUGAGGACAUUGCUAGAACCUACAAGGACAAUGAGGGCCCGCUUAAGGACAUGGGGCAUCCUCGUCUGUACGCGGCUCUCUGCAGCAAGGUCUUGCCAUCUAUCACCGGGACGUUCGACGUUGCGAACCUCACCCAGGAUGACCCUCUCGUUACGCUGGCCGCCGAGCUUUUGUCACUUCUUGUUCAAUAUGGCUCUGAGCCCCUUCCCGAAGGCUUCGUUGCCGCCACCCUCCCCAAGUUGCAUCAUCUCCUGAUGACCUCUUCCGAAGGCGACAUUUUGCGUCCCAGUUCCGAGGCCGUCAAGUACAUCCUGAUGCACGACCACAAGCAGGUCUUUAGCUGGCAGGACGAGAGCGGCCGGUCCGGUCUUGAGGUCUGUCUCCGCGUCAUCGACCGCCUCCUGGGCCCGAACAUUGAGGAUACGGCGGCGUCUGAAAUCGGCGGCUUGGCUGCCGAGCUGGUCGAGAAAGCCGGCCACGAGAGGCUUGGUCCUUUCCUGCCGCAGCUUCUUCAGGCAGUCGCUACUCGCCUGGACACAGCCCAGGCUGCUCCUUUCAUCCAGUCCUUGAUUCUCGUGUUUGCUCGACUCUCGCUCGUUGGUGCGCAAGAUGUCGUCAACUUCCUCAGCGACAUCCAGAUCAAAGGUCAGGUGGGGCUGCAGGUUGUUCUUAGCAAGUGGCUCGAGAACUCGGUCAACUUUGCCGGCUACGACGAGAUUCGUCAAAAUGUGAUUGCCCUGUCCAAGCUCUACUCGCUGAACGACUCUCGGGUUGCGCAAACCAUGGUCAAGGGCGACCUCAUUAUUGCCAACACCGAUAGGAUCAUGACAAGGUCGCGGGCGAAACUGAACCCCGACCGCUACACGAUCAUCCCUGCUCCCCUGAAGAUCCUCAAGGUUCUUAUUGAAGAGCUCGUCUCGGCCUCCGGCAUGCAAGCGGCCUCCAACAUGGCGGCAGCGGCAGCGACGGAGCUCGCCGAAGAGGACGAAGAUGGCGACGGGGACAAUGACGGGUGGGAGGACGAGCCCGACGACACGCUUGACCUGGCGCUCGGCAGCACCAAGUCGGACCUGAUGGGCUGGGCCGAGGGCGGCAACAAUUCGCGGCAGCGGGACGACGAGACCCAGGCGUACCUGAUCGACUUCUUCAUGCGCGCUGACGCAGAAAACAUUGCCGACUUCCGAAACUGGUGCGGCAUGCUGACCGACGACGAGAAGCGCAAGAUCAAGGAGGCGGCGCAGUAGAGAGGCGGCGUGCAGGUUGGAGGGGGGAACGUCGUGAUUGGUGAAGC